GCUACCUAAAAAAAUAAAUAAAUACAUUUUUAAAAAAUGUUGAUUUACAUACAUACAUAUGUAUGUAUAUACAUACAUAUACAUUCAUAAGAUUGCUAAAUAUACGCAAUAAGUAAAGCUCACAUGUACAACGUAUCGGCGACACCAACCUAAACUAAACAUCACGCACAUAGAUGAUGAUGAUAAUAAUAAUGUUUUGUAUUCACAUGUAAUUUAUAUUUUUCGCGCGCGCACCAGAAUUCUAGUGCAUCUUGUUGUUGCUCGUCGUCGUUGCCACAGCCUCUUUUUUAUUUAUAUGUAUGUACUUAUAUAUUGAUGCCAAAAAUAUAUCCCAACCAUAGGUAUAUAAUUCGCAAGUGUAUUUAUUUGCAUACAUUUAUAAUAUAAUAUAAUAAAAUAUAUCACAAGUGUGUGAAUAUGAAUACGCAGUAAAGUUUGCGGUGUGUUGUUGCACUCAAUAUUUAUUAACAAGCACGCGCAUUUUUUAAAUUUAAAUAAAUAAAUAAAUGUGAGUGUUAUUAAAGUACAACGCAAAAUGGUUUUAUUUUUCAAAUGUUACAUAAAUACAUUUAUCCUAUCACAUUUUAAAUAAAUCAUAACAACAAUAAUAAUAAAAGCAAUACAUCAAGAUAAAUAAUUACGGCGUUCAAUUGUUGUAAACAUAUUAUCUAAUAACAAUAGAUAUAGAUAUAUAUUUACAUACGUAUAAAAAAAAAUACAUACUUAUAUAGUCACAUAUAUCUUAAAUGUGCGCUCGCGAACACAUUUAACACAAUGUCGCAAAGAGACACCGUAAUUCAUCUAAUUGCUGGCGGAACUGCUGGUACUGUGGGUGCGAUUGUAACAUGUCCACUGGAAGUUGUUAAAACACGUUUGCAGUCAUCAACUUCAGGUUUUUAUUUAUUGCCACCACCUCCACCGCCUUCGGCACCUUCAUCUAAUCUCUCUUCCUUGUCUUCUUCUGUAACAACGUCUAAGAUUUCAGAAAACUCAUCAAGAUUCACGCCAUAUCAUCAUCAUUACCAACAAUUCUCUCAUUACCACCAUCUUCAUCAUCAUCAUCAUCAUCAUCAUCAUCAUCACCAUCAUCAAAAACCUCAGCAUCAACAACACCACCAUCCUCGUCAUCAUCGUACAUGGAGCACAAUUGUCAGACCAUCAGCCCAGCAAAAAAUAAGGAGAUUGAGUUCAACCAGUAGUAGCAGAUAUUCUAGGUAUGCUAUCGCAGCUCUUUCAUCACAAUAUUCUGGUGAAAUACGUAGGAAUGGUAUUUCUGUUCCUACCACUGCUGGUGUUACCACAACACCAGCAGCAUCAGCACCACACUUGGCUAUUCGGUCCACAGCGACUAUAACCAAUGGACAGUAUCACUACCAUUCGAAACUGUUUCCAUCAAAACCCUAUCAGCAUCACCGCCAUCAUCUUCACAAUAGUCAUCCUCCUUCAUCGCCCUCACAACGUUCACCAGGUCUCAUCCAUUGCUUACGAUAUAUCGUUAAAUACGAGGGAGUCGGCGCACUCUUCAAAGGACUUGGACCAAAUCUAGUGGGUGUUGCACCAUCGCGUGCUAUAUAUUUUUGUACAUACUCUCAAAGUAAGAGUUUUUUUAACUCAAAUUUACCUACCGCUCCUGACAGUGCAAUGGUUCAUGUUUUUUCGGCAGCUUGUGCUGGUUUCAUGGCGUGCACCGCAACAAAUCCUAUAUGGUUCGUCAAAACUCGACUUCAACUGGACCACAGUCACGCUCCACACAAUCGCUCCUCAGCUAUUGAGUGUAUCAAGAAAAUAUAUAGACAAUCGGGAUAUCUCGGUUUUUAUAAAGGUAUUGUUGCUUCAUAUGUUGGAAUAAGUGAAACUGUUAUUCACUUUGUCAUUUAUGAAGCUGUCAAGAGCUGGUUGAUAAAAUUCCGUGCAAGAGAUUCAAUUAAAAAUAACAGUAACUUUAAAGAUAAUAAUUCAUCGUCAACGUCAACAAAAACUUCCCGUGAUUUUGUAGAAUUCAUGGCAGCUGGCGCUCUGUCAAAAACAGUCGCAUCGUGUAUAGCUUAUCCCCACGAAGUCAUAAGAACACGGCUACGAGAGGAAGGAACAAAAUACAAACGUUUUUGGCAAACUCUUAAUACAGUAUACACUGAAGAAAGUAUUCGAGGGCUAUAUCGUGGUCUGACUACUCAAUUAGUUCGACAGAUACCCAACACAGCUAUUAUGAUGGCCACAUACGAGUGCGUGGUUUAUGUACUGAAACGUAAAUUUCAGCCGUCAUCUGAUAAAUUCACAAGCGUUAGCAACACCAGCAACACCGGUAAUAAUAAAAAUACCGAAAAUUUAUCGACUAAUACAACGACAUCUCCAACAAACACUACGUCUCCGUCCUCGUCAUCGACACAGCUACGGUAUUCUUCCAAGAAUAAACAAAAGGGUGAAUUCAUUUCACAUUAAAUUAUUAUAUUAUUUUUACCUUUAAAUUGUUAUAUUGUACAGAAUAGAUAUAAAAAAAAAUGAAAAAGAGAUUUAAAAAAAAGAGUAUAAUUUCAUAAUAUUUAAGUAUAACAAUUACCAUCAAGUAUCCCUAUUUUUAAUUUUUACAAUAUACUAAGUAUUUUAUUUAUAAAACAGCAUAUACUUAAAUGUAUAUAUAUAUAUAUUUUUUUUUUAAUGGUGAUAAUUUAUCAUCAUCAAUAAUUGUAUAUAUUAAAUUAAAGUGUGACUACAAUUUGAAGCGGGUUAAAAAAUCCAAUAACGUUAUUAUAGAAAUAUAUAUUUAAAGUAAUUAUGGCGGGAUAAAAUUUAAAAAAAGUUAUGAAUGAAUCAGAAAUGUAUAAAUGGUGAUUAAUUGUGGCUGUGUUAAAAAUAUAUUUUUUAACAAUUAAAAUUUACGGAUAGAUACAUAAGUGCUGUUUAUGAUGAGUGAAAAAAAUUUUCAGUGAUGCUCUGUAAGCCAUAAGAUUGCUUAUAGAAGUAUUAAUGUUGAUAUCUGCUAACAUAUAUAUUUUUUUUUUAAUUUAUGUUAUCUGUAGAAAUAUAAAUAAAUAAAUAAAUAAAGUGA